GGAUAGACUUUAACAUUGAAUCUAUUACAAAACGCGGGUUUUGAGCGCAUAACAGUUUCAGCUUAGAGAGAAACAGAGGAGGAGAAAACAGGAGGGGGAAAGUCACGGGAGAUAGGCAUAUAUAAAAUUAUAUCUAUAUUUUUACUGUGUAUGAUUUUCAUUGCGGAUUAACAUAGAGGAGAGAAGUUUUCUGUAACUAUGGGUGCCUCCCCAUGGGCGUUCCUGGUCUUGGGAUGUCUCCUCACAGGGCCGUGGCUCACAUUUUGCCAGCUUCCAUUACCCACUGUCUUUCCCAAUGAGGAUGAAAAGGUUGUGCAGCUGCAUUCAUCUUUUACCCUAAGAUGCUCUGGGGACAGUGAAGUGAGCUGGCAGUACCCCAUGCAGGAUGAAGAGGACCAAAAAAUAGAAGUCAGAAAUGAGGAGAAUAACAGUGGCCUUUUUGUGACGGUCCUGGAAGUGGUCAAUGCCUCAGCUGUACACACAGGGCUGUACACUUGUUACUACAACCAUACUCAGACAGAGGAGACUGAAGUCGAAGGCAAAGACAUCUACAUCUAUGUGCCAGAUCCAGAUGAAGCCUUUGUACCUUCUGCCACGGUUGACCAUUUAAUUUUUGCGGAGGAACAUGAUUCUGUCACUAUUCCAUGUCGCACAACUGAUCCUCAGGCUCAAGUGACCCUACUCAACAGUGAGGACAAAGUGGUACAUGCAUUCUACGAUAGCAGACAGGGAUUUGUUGGAAACUUUGCCAUGGGACAAUUCAAGUGUGAGACAGUCAUCAAAGGGAAAAAGUUCCAAACGAGUCCAUUCAACAUUUAUACAAUAACAGCCACCCCAGAACUUGAAGUUGAGAUCGAGGCAGUGAAAACCGUUUAUAAAACAGGAGAGACGCUUGUUGUAACUUGUGCUGUCUUGCACAAUGAGGUGGUUGACCUUCAGUGGAAUUACCCUGGGAAAGUGAAAAACAAAGGCAUUUUGAAAGUUGAUGAAAUCAAAGUUCCAUCUCUCAAGUUGGUGUAUACGUUGACUGUCCCUAAGGUGACAGUGAAAGACAGUGGAGACUAUGAAUGUGCUGCCCGUCAUGCUACCAAGGAAACUAAAGAGAUUAAGAAAGUCACCAUUUCUGUUCACGAGAAGGGAUUUAUUGAGCUCAAACCCAACUUCAGCCAGAUGGAAACCAUUAACUUGCACGAAGUCCGCCAUUUUGUAGUGGAUGUUCAAGCGUAUCCACCACCAAAGAUAUCCUGGCUUAAGGACAAUAUGACCGUGAUUGAGAAUCUGACCGAAAUCAUCACUGGCUUAGAUAAGAUCCAGGAAAUAAGAUAUCAAAGCAAGUUAAAACUGAUUCGUGCUAAGGAAGAAGACAGUGGAUAUUAUACUAUUAUGGCUCAAAAUGAGGAUGAUAUUAAGAAUUAUACUUUUGAACUUACAAUUCAAGUUCCGGCUUCUAUUCUGGACCUGGAGGAUGACAACCAUGGCUCUGCAAGUGGGCAGACGGUCAAAUGCAUAGCAGAAGGGACACCGCUUCCAGCUGUGGAAUGGAUGAUUUGCAAGGAUAUUACAAAGUGUAAUAAUGAAACUUCAUGGACACUUUUGGCCAGCAACAUGUCUGACAUAACUACACAGAGACACGAGAGUAGUAUGGUGAAGAGCCAAGUGACCUUCAACAAAAUUGAAAACACUAUGGCCGUGCGAUGCCUAGCAAAGAACUCUCUUGGGGCCGUUACCCGGGAACUGAAACUUGUGGCUCCUGCUGUGCGUUCAGAAUUGACAGUGGCUGCCUCAGUCCUUGUGCUGCUAGUGAUUAUCAUCUUUUCCCUCAUUAUCCUGAUUGUCAUAUGGAAGCAGAAACCCAGGUAUGAAAUUCGGUGGAGAGUCAUUGAGUCCAUCAGCCCUGAUGGCCACGAGUACAUUUAUGUGGAUCCGAUGCAGCUGCCUUAUGACUCAAGAUGGGAGUUUCCUAGAGAUGGGCUAGUCCUGGGUCGAAUCCUGGGCUCUGGUGCAUUUGGGAAAGUGGUUGAAGGGACAGCAUAUGGAUUAAGCCGUUCCCAGCCUGUGAUGAAGGUGGCCGUGAAAAUGCUAAAACCCACAGCUAGAUCCAGUGAAAAACAAGCCCUCAUGUCAGAACUGAAGAUAAUGACUCAUCUGGGACCCCAUUUAAAUAUUGUAAAUCUUCUAGGAGCAUGUACCAAGUCAGGGCCCAUUUAUAUCAUCACCGAAUACUGCUUCUAUGGGGAUUUGGUCAACUACCUGCAUAAGAACAGAGACAACUUCCUGAGCCACCAUCCAGAGAAGACAAAGAAGGAGCUAGACAUCUUUGGGAUGAACUCAGCUGAUGAGAGCACUAGGAGCUAUGUGAUUUUAUCGUUUGAAAACAAUGGGGAUUAUAUGGACAUGAAGCAAGCUGAUACCACGCAGUAUGUUCCUAUGCUGGAAAGAAAACAGGGCUCUAAAUAUUCGGAUAUUCAAAGAUCGAUGUAUGACCGACCUGCAUCAUACAAGAAGAAAUCUGUAUCAGAUCCAGAAGUUAAAAACCUCCUUUCAGAUGAUAGCUCAGAAGGACUCAGUCUCUUGGAUCUGUUGAGCUUCACCUAUCAAGUUGCCCGAGGAAUGGAGUUUUUGGCCUCAAAAAAUUGUGUUCAUCGUGACCUGGCUGCUCGCAAUGUGCUUCUGGCUCAAGGAAAAAUCGUGAAGAUCUGUGACUUUGGCCUGGCCAGAGACAUCAUGCAUGAUUCCAACUAUGUGUCCAAAGGGAGUACUUUUCUCCCAGUGAAGUGGAUGGCUCCUGAAAGUAUCUUUGACAAUCUGUAUACCACACUGAGCGACGUCUGGUCUUAUGGCAUCCUGCUGUGGGAGAUCUUCUCCCUUGGCGGCACACCCUAUCCUGGAAUGAUGGUGGAUUCUACUUUCUAUAAUAAAAUCAAAAGUGGAUACCGGAUGGCCAAACCCGACCAUGCCACCAGUGAAGUAUACGAGAUCAUGGUGAAGUGCUGGAACAGUGAGCCAGAGAAGAGACCUUCCUUUUACCACCUGAGUGAGAUUGUGGAAAAUCUGCUACCUGGGCAGUAUAAGAAGAGUUAUGAGAAAAUCCACCUGGACUUCCUGAAGAGUGACCAUCCUGCUGUUGCUCGCAUGAGAGUGGAAUGUGAUAACACCUACAUUGGAGUCACCUACAAAAAUGAAGACAAGCUGAAGGACUGGGAGGGCAGCUAUGAUGAACAGAGGUUGAGUGCUGACAGUGGCUAUAUCAUCCCUCUGCCUGACAUUGACCCUAUCCCUGAAGAUGACCUCGGCAAGAGAAACAGACACAGUUCCCAGACAUCUGAGGAAAGUGCCAUUGAGACAGGUUCCAGCAGCUCCACCUUCAUCAAGAGAGAGGAUGAAACCAUUGAGGACAUCGACAUGAUGGAUGACAUUGGGAUAGACUCCUCAGACCUGGUUGAAGACAGCUUCCUGUAAUGGUCAAGAAUCUAGUGGAUGUAUUCCAUUUCUGGAAAGAGAGAUACUCACCAUUCAGUCUAAAGACUUGAACACCCUUCAGAAAACCACUUUAUCGCAAUGCAAAUGAUGCAAGGAGAUUCCAUUUUUUAAAGAGAAUCUCCCAGUCAAGAGCCCAGGGACCAUCCUGAAUAUGAAUGAGUGAGAUAUGUUGGAACGGACCAUUUUAGUGUUGCUCUUCGCAAUACUUCUAUAGCAUCUCAGUAUUGAUUGCAGAGUCUUUUCUUUUUUUCCAGAUAGAUGGACAAAAGGAAAGGCCAUACAAGACCAACUUUGUGCUUCAAGGGCAUUGAUGACUCUGAUGAACAGAAUUUUCAUUGCAUCAUAACGCCAUCCUGUAAUUAUGUAAAUAAAUAUCUGAGGAUGUGUUUAGAUUUGUAUUGAAUAUAUUCUCUGGACUUCAGAAGAGACCACUUAAAAACAUUUAUGUACUUCCCCCUUGACAACAUCUUGUGUCAGCUGCUGUUGGGCUACUGUGGAAGUACGUGCAAAACCACUUUUGAAACUUCAAAGAUACUGGUACUAUAGCAUGUUACCUUUUUUUAGUGUUGAAUAAUAAAAGAAGAAAGAUAAUCAUUAACAAACCUUCUUUUGAUAGAAUUGGGCUCUUUAGAAGCCUAACAAGUCUUUUACAUAUUGCUAACUAUGUUAAUAACACGACUACUGUCAUCAGUAAUUCUGAAUAUCCAAUUUAGAACACAUUUCCCUUCAGAGAAAGCACAAUUCAGAAACAUCAACACAAAUCCGACAACAAAGAUCAGCUGUACUAAAUAGGUAAUGAAGUUAAUGAGUUGGGGCAUUUAUAUUGAAUAACCUUUGGCUAUAUAAGAUAAUAGCAGUAGCAGAUUAAAGUUAGUUGAACAUAGAAGAAAAAACCAUGUAGCAUUACCCAGGCAGUUCCAAGUUCUGGGUUUUUGUUCUUUGUAAAAUCAUGUACUGAAGAGAUUGUCUAAUCAAUUGUACUAAAAAAAAAAUAAUAACUCCCCUUGAAGUAACGAAACUUGUAAAGCAGUAAAUGUUCCCUCUUUGUAAAUGGACAAGUCUAUGCUUGGCCAGGCUUCUUACGGAACAUAGAGUCAUCACUAACAAGGAGGAUUCAUGGCUCCUGUCAUUAUGGAAUUCCCAGAAUCAAAAUGUUCAGUCAGAUGAAAUCUUAAAACCCUGAAUUGAACUGGAAACAACCUAAAACCCCUCAGCUGGUUGGGGGACUAUGGUAUGCAUCAGAUUAUAGGAAGUUGAUUUAAGGUUGAAUGUGAGCUUUUUUAGGGCAGAGACAGGGUUUUUUUUGGGGGGGGGGUGUAUAUGUGUAUGAGUGUGUGUGUGUGUUUGUAUACCCAGUGCCUAGCACAAUGCAUUGCACAUAGUAGGUGCUUAAUAAAUGUUAAAUUGAACUCAAUUGAGAAAUGGGAGGAAAAACAACCCCUAAAAUUUGGAAUUAGACCAGCAGCCAAGUAGCAAUAUUGCCUUUGGAAGUUUUAGUUUCAGAUUAAUCGAAUCAUAUUAUAUACCUGGCAAAUUGGUCUCCUUUGUGUAGUUCUUCUGUAUUAGCUGAUGCCAAGAAAGCUAACUUUUAGAGGUUUUUCCAGAGCUUCCAGUGAUAUAUUUACUUCUUCCCCCACAAUAGUUACUGUGAUUAGGCCUUGGGUUAAGAAGAAAUGUGAGUAAAAUGAAGCCAUUCAUACAAUGUGUUGACAUGGAUACACCAAUUCAACAUUCUGAAUAGGAUGUUCUGUUUUAUUUUUUUAAGUCAUUUUGGAAUAAGUAGCCUUACUUUUUGUUACAAAAAUGGUCAAUCUGUCUAAACUAUUUGAACCAGUUAUGUGUAAAAUAUCUUUUAAUGGCUGACACCAUAUGAAUGAAACAUGGCCUGUGGUGAUUUGGUAGGAAGACAUGUUAGCAACAGCUAGAUACCUGAUUGGCGCGUACUCUUCAGCAUCAGCCCUUCCUUUCAUGGAUACUCUUCCUAGUUUGAAGCCUGAGCCUGCAGAGGCCUGUUAAAAAGGACAAAAUAACUGGAGUUUCUAGAAGAACCAGUCUGACUUGAAAUGCAUUUGUGUUUCCAGAAUCACAGUUCAAGCCUUCUCUGUUUAUCAACCAAUCACUCAUUCUCAUGUAGCCUUCUUCCACUGAUGCUUUUUUUGUUUCAACUCUGCAUCCACAGUCGUGUUUCCUGGCAAAACAGACUGAGCUCUUGGACUGGUGGCUCCUAGCCCCAUUUUUCAAAAGCUUAGCCAUGGGGCUGCAAUUUCCAGUUUGUAGCUUGGAACCAUAUUUUGUUGUGUGUGUUUUCAGUGUAUUGCAAGUCUGUUUGUAUGUUUGUUUUUUAUGGCUUCCUUGUGAGAAGCCACCAGAAGGAAAAUUGCCAAUCCUACCAGCUCUCCGUUUGUAUGAUGACAAUCAAAAGCUAGCCUAAGAAAUGCGACUUGUGAGUUUUUAAUGGUCAAUGGUUUCCUUAAAAUGUGGUCUGACAACUUGUACAAAAUGGUCCUGUUUUGUGAAGAGGGACGUAAGAUAAGGUGAUGUUAUACAUCCAUAUGUAUAUAUGUAUUUCUAUGUAGACGGAGAAUACUGCCAAAACAUUUAUGACAAGCUGUAUCACUGCCUUUGUUUAUAUUUUUUGACUGUGAUAUACCCCACAGGCACGUUAACUGUUGCACUUUUGAAUGUCCAAAAAUUAUAUUUUAGAAUAAUAAAAAAGUGUUUCCAAAACAA